GGUACCCGGUGAUCCCCAACUCUUGGUACAGAUUCCAGCAGGCCUGGGACCCACAUGAUCUCAGCGGACGAUGCUGAAUACCCGAGAGAGUACCGGACCCUCGGUAACGGGACGCGGCGCUUCUCCAACGUGGGCCUGGUGCACACCUCGGAGCGCCGGCACACGGUGAUCGCGGCCCAAAGCCUGGAAGCGCUAACAGGACUCCAGAAGUCUGAUAUGGAAAGGAAGAGGGAUGCUUUCAUGGACCACCUGAAGAAUAAAUACCCACAGCAUGCCCUGGCUCUCAGAGGUCAACAGGAGAGGAUUCGGGACCAGUUGUUUCAAGGAAGUUCACCGAUCCUGCUUUCAGGGACUACAGGCAACUCGGAUACCUUGAUGUAUAGGGAGACGCAGGAGAAUUCAGUUCCUGUGUGCCUCGAUAACCCAUCAUCGCAACCAAACUACUGGAGCUUUAAGACAAGGAGUUCCAGACACCCCCAAAGCUCUCAACCCGGCCUCGCCGACCAAGCGGCCAAACUGUCCUUUGCCUCUGCCGAGAGUCUGGAGACCAUGUCUGAAGCGGAGCUGCCUCUGGGGUUCAACAGGAUGAACCGGUUCAGACAGAGUCUGCCUCUGUCCCGUUCCACCAGCCAAACCAAACUGCGUUCACCAGGUGUCUUGUUCCUGCAGUAUGGGGAUGAAACCAGACGAGUGCACAUCACGCACGAGAUUACCAGCAUGGACACGCUGCAUGCGCUCAUCGUGCACAUGUUCCAGCAGAAACUCACUAUGGGGAUGCUAAAGUCCCACAACACCGCCAUACUGAUCAAGGACGAAUCUCGCAAUGUGUUUUAUGAGCUUGAGGAUGUCAGAGACAUCCAGGACAGAAGUAUUAUAAAGAUCUACCGGAAGGAGCCCAUUUACUCUUCCUUUCCUGCUCCGCACAUCACCAACGGGGACGUGAGACGGGAGAUGAUUUACAGUUCCCGGGAUUCUUCCCCAACACGGCGCCUGAACAGCAUGUCUCCUGCUCCCCACAUGGCCUCUGGAUCCCCUCCUCCUGUUCUCCAGUCAUCCUCGCCAGCACGCUCGCGCAUGUCCUACAGUGGGGGGCGACCACCCUCCUAUGCAGGAAGCCCAGUGCACCACGGGGACCGAAUGUCAGGUCUACCGCCUGCUCAGGGAGUGUCCCCGAGUCCCAGUGCUAUCCUGGAGAGAAGGGAUGUCAAGCCAGAUGAAGAUCUUUCCAACAAAAAUGUGGUUCUGGUGAAGAACGAAGGUUUAUAUUCAGAUCCUUAUGGGAUGGUACAUGAGGGCAGACUAAGUAUCACCUCCACUCAGUCACUGGCUGGACUUGGGGACCCUUUCCCAUACCCAGGAGGACUCUACAAGCGAGGUUCUGUACGCUCACUUAGUACAUAUUCAGCUGCAGCUCUACAGACAGACCUGGAAGAUGGGAUGUACAAACCCAACUCCCAAAUUUAUGGGGACACAUAUGGCCCGGGGCUUGGAUUCCGGCUGCCACCAUCUUCCCCACAGAAAGUGUCAGAUGGGAGGCUAGUAGAUGUCCAGCAGAGUCAAGGCCCUCAUAGCCCCUAUUCAGGACCCUCAAGCCGUUCCUCCCCCGUUCGUCAGACCUUUCGUAAGGACUCCUCGUCUUCUGUUUUCAUGGACAGUCCUGUUGGAAAACAGAGGAACCCUAGUUCUUCCUCCGGCAACAACGAUAUAUUCCCAGGUCCUGGAGAGCGUCCUCUCUCAGGGUUCAGCUCGCCGGUACCAACCAAAGAAGUGGAAACAAGGGAACGGAUGGAAGCGAUGGAGAAGCAGAUUGCCAGUUUGACCGGCUUGGUCCAGAGCGCGCUGAUGCGAGGGUCGGACGGCGAGAAUCCCAGUGAGAAAACAGAAACCUCUAAUUCGGGAUCCUCUGCUGCUGCUAGUCAUCUUGGUGCAGGAACUCCCAUAUCAACUCCUACCCCAGGGCCGACGGCCACCCCCGCGGACCAAACCAAGGCCAUCACCCGUCUGCAUAUGCAACUUCACCUCCAUGACCUGCAGCACAACGCCAGCGAGCUCAGAAACCAGCUGCAGCAGCUGAAGAAAUUGCAGCUCCAAAACCAGGAGACGGUGCGGAACAUGUUAAAACGCACGGAGACCGAGAUCAGCGUACGGGUGACGGACACCAUGCGCAAGCAGGAAGACCCCUUACAGAGGCAGAGGGCAUUGGUGGAAGAAGAGAGGCUGAAGUAUCUGAAUGAGGAGGAACUCAUUACCCAGCAGCUGAAUGAUCUGGAGAAAUCGGUGGAUAAAAUAAAACGAGAUUUGGCUCACAAUCACCGACUGAUCUCUGUGCAGGAGCUGGAGGAGAAAGCUGGGGUCCUCAAACAUCUCGGGGAGACCCUGACCGAACUGAAGGCUCAGUUCCCUAGCCUGCAGAGUAAAAUGCGUGUGGUGCUUCGUGUGGAAGUAGAAGCCGUGAAGUUCCUGAAGGAAGAGCCUCAUCGCCUGGACGGGCUGCUGAAGAGAUGUAAAACGGUCACGGACACCUUGGCUCAGAUUCGCAAAAAGAGCGUGCAUUCCAGAGGGAAAUUGAAAAACGAACUUGAGAUACUGGCUGGCACCAUACAGAGGCAGGUAGAUGAAGGCGUUUGGAACGCACCGGAGAGCCUCCACAAUCCUUCUCCCAAACAGAAGACAUCUGAAGGCGAGUUAACGAGAAGCACGGAGUUCGAGAUGCCCUCCAGCCCCCCGACUAACUUCAAUCCGACGAGCGACUCUCAGACACAAAGCUGGGAGCCCCUUUGCCACAGCGACGCUUCCUCCCUCAACAGUAACCCCGCUCGUGGAGAGAUGAUCGCCGUUAAGACUCAGACAGUCCCUGAAACACAAAGCAAGAAAGUGGGAGCGGAGAAGUCCGUCUCUGUCGAGGCUGCUGAACGAGACUGGGAGGAAAAGCGAGCAGCACUUACUCAGUACAGCGCCAAGGACAUUAACCGCCUGCUGGAGGAGACCCAGGCCGAGCUAAUGAAGGCCAUUCCUGACUUGGACUUUGCAGCCAAACACAAACCAACCGGAAGUGCGGCCUCCACCCCAGAGCACCGUGCCGGCAAACCACAGCAAGCACAGAAACUCAUCAGCAAGAUCGACCCCAACGGAAGAAGGGGCUCAGAUGAGCUAACGGUGCCCAGAUACCGAACUGAAAAACCAUCCAAGUCCCCUCCUCCUCCACCCCCACGACGCAGCUUCCCCUCUUCACACGGACUUACCACAACUCGGACAGGAGAGGUGAUUGUCACCAGCAAAAAAGAAGGAACAUUCAUUAAGAAGUCGGAUUCUGAGGAGCUGGAGAGCCAGAAGCCUCAGGUUAAGCUGCGUCGUACGGUGUCCGAGGUUGUGCGCCCAGCAUCCACCCCACCGAUUAUUGCCUCUGGCAUUAAGGAUGAUGACGAUGAAGACCGGAUUAUCGCUGAGCUAGAGAGUGGGGGGAUGUCCAUUCCCCCGAUGAAGAUGGUAAACACCGUGGGCUCCAGGCUGAAGGCCGUGCAGCAGAGUGGGGGAGACAAAAGUAAUAAGCACUCCAAGCAGAGGAUGGAAUACAUGAGGAUCCAGGGCCAUCAGCAGGCAGCUAGACCUUCUAAAGAGGCUGCUAGUGUGAAUGAGGCUAACCCUGGCUCAGAUAAAACCGCACCUUCUCGAACCUCCAUCCCUGUACUAACUUCCUUUGGUACAAGGAACUCCUCUAUUUCCUUCUAAAUGUAGUCUCCUUUACGACUUUUUACUCAUCCGUGCUCCUCUCAUCUGAUUUCUUCUUCAUGUUGUUUGAAAUGUGGACCGUGUGUAAACCGGCCCUUGUCUUCUGCCAAGACACGAGCUGAUCUCUCUUUCUUCUGGAUUUUAUCAGCUUUGAGAUAUCUGGUAACGACGCCAAAGGGCUGAAAUCAGAGAGGAGUGGA